AUGAAGGGCCUCUUGUUGUGCGCCCUUGCACUUGCCUUUGCGGUGGUGACCACCCACGCCCAGCCGCAGUACUGUGAGAAGCGCUGCGGCAAGCAGGCCGACGGCAUGGAGUGCCCCAACAACCUCUGCUGCAGCAAGGAUGGGUACUGCGGCCUGGGCUUCGACUACUGCAGCGCUGCCGCCGGCUGCCAAAGCGGCGCCUGCUACAACAACAAGAUCUGCGGCGCACAGGCCGGUGGUGCAUUCAAAUAUGGUUACUGUGGCUUAGGACCGGAGUUCUGCGGGGCUGGCUGCCAAAACGGUGCUUGUAGCACGGACAAGCCGUGUGGCAACCAGGCUAAUGGUGCACGAUGCACCAACAACUAUUGUUGCAGCCAGUAUGGAUCUUGUGGGCUUGGCAAGGAUUAUUGUGGUACCAACUGCCAGAGCGGUGCAUGCUACAAUGAUUCAAUCCUGGCUAACAUACUCAAGUGUGUACCUUGA